AAACUGUUUUUUAUUUAUUUAUUUAUUUAUUUUUCUUGAUAAAUAUAUAUAUAUCUGUACAUAAUUCUUUCUUUCUCUUUUUUUUUCUCUCCCUCUUUUUUUUCUUUUUUCUUUGUCUCUUUCAAGAGCUCUUCUUUUCAUUGAACAACAAUAACUUUAUUUUAUUUGUCACACCAAACAUGCUCGCAGUAGAAGACCAAAAUUCAACAAGAAUUUUUGCCUGUCCUCAAUGUCCUAAAAUUUUUGCCACUCGUUCUAACCUCAAACGCCACAUGGAAAAUCCAAACAUUCAUAACAUACCUUAUGUGAGAAGCCGCGACCAAAAGCGUUGGAAAGGCCACUCUAAAAAAGUAGUCUCUAAAGAAGAAACAACAGAAAGUAACAAUGAUAGGAUGCGUAAAUGGCGUGCCGAAAACCGAGAAAAGAAUAGGCAAAAUGACCUUAGAUGCCGUGUGUAUCGCCUUGCACGACAAAAAUUUGGCGAAGGUGAUUCAAUUGAAAAACAAGGCUUUGUCAGAGAAGAAAUCGCUAGAAGACUAGGCCGACGUAUGAUGCUGGAAAAAAGAGAAUCUAAUCACAGCUGGAACAAUCAACAAAAACCCCUUAUGUCAACUAAAGAGCUAGUCGAAUUACCAUUCUAUAGCGCACCUCAACAAAAAAUAGAGCUACCUUCUAUUGAUCAGCUUACGCGUGCUGCUACUUGGUCAUCUUCACCACCUGAUUUUUCUUCCUCUUCAAGCAACUCCUCAAGCCCUGUCCUGCCACAUCUGUCACCUACUUUGGAACGUCGUACAAGCAGUAGUAGUAUCAGCUCUACUAACAGUAGUGUCAUUAUGCAGCAGAAGCAGCAGGAGAGCCAUCGUCGAUCCGCAACACCCGUACCUGGCAGCUUAUUAUUGUUUGAAGAGCAAGAACUAGGGGAACAUAAAAAAGAUGACGACGAUAAAGACAACAAUAACAACAACAACAACAACGACGAUGAGUUUCGUGUGUUACCUUCUAUGCAUACCUUCUUGUCUUAUGCAUCCUCGUCAAAUCAUUUGUUUAACAAUCAACAAGAACAACAACAAAAACGAUGCAUUUCUACAAAAGGUGGAAUUAAAUAUGUAGAGUCCAACAAGAUAUUAGACGAGUUUGUCGGUGUGGUCUUGAACUACGUUGAUAAUGCAACGGUGGCACAAUAAAUCAGUCAAUACAUACAUACACACACAUAUAUACACACACAUAUAUACAAACACACAAACAUGCAUCAAAUUCAGAUCUUAUUUAAUAUAUCCUUUUCUUUCAACGAAUGAAGAUCAACAUCUCUUCUUGUUCAUUCCCUGCUCCCUUGCUCCUGCCCUUUUUCUUUACAUACACAAAUAAAAAUAAAAAUUUCUUGUACAUACACA